AUGUUUGCAGAUAACUCAGAGCGUAACCCAGAGAUUGAAAAAGUACUUCUGAUUUUGAAAAACAGACAAAGCUUUGAGAGCGCAUGCAUCUUGCAACAAAACAUGGUCGCACCUGAGGAGCUUUGGAACGUUCCCUCGCUACAUAAGGAACUACGUUCCUACGCCCAAUACGUCAAAUCAAAUUGGAAUGAUCACCCUCUUCGAAUAAUAAACCACCUCCAACACCAUCACAAAAUGCGCAUAUCAGAUUUACAUCUACACUUGUCCGAGUUCCCCUCACUGGCAAGCCUUGAUGCCGCAGACGUAUUCCAAUUCGUUACGGUCGCUAGCCACUUCAUUUCAAUCAAUCAAGGAUCUAUACCAAUUGACGAGGACAAUGCCCCGUACGAAUAUCUCAAUGCUGCCCUCCGACCCCCAGAAGUACCCGGCACAUGGGAGGUACUAUGGACGGUCUUGUACCCUACUCUAUUCACAUUGCACGCGGAUCCUCCAAAGCAAGAACGAGACAAAGGCCUCAUUCAAGCAGCCGGCGCGCCGACCAUUGCUGAAAGAAUAUUCUUGCCACCUUACCAAGAUGAAUGUCCCACCGCAGAGUGCCGCGUCACUGGACGCCGAUUGGAAAAGCGCCCCCCUUUAUGCGGGUACCUCUACGACCUAGACGGAGUCAAGUCAAUUUGGCACCAUACUACAUAUUGCCGCCACUGCAAGACCAGCUUCAGGGCUUUGUACUUUUCCAACAAGGACGAACGAACUUACUACUUGAACACCGUCAGAAGAGAUCCAGACUGCAUACAAGUCAACAUGCACUAUUUUAUGACUCUCCGGCUGCUUGAGUUUUUCAACCACUCCCAAUCCCUACCUCAUUCUCACAAGCUGCAUGAGCCGGCACCCAAUCACUUCGUUGACGAGUUUUUCAAGCCCACGCUGUCAGACCACUGCUGCACCACAGCGUUGGAUCUGCAGCGGCUACUCCGCCACUUCAACCUCCGCGACCGGCAUAUGACCGUUUCUAAUUCAGGAGGGUCCCGACAUCGAUUCCGUGAAGCUAAACAGGCCAUUUUAACAUGGAUGGAACUCGAAGGCAGCCCAAACCUCGAUCACAUGUGCUCUGAAUGCACCAAGAUCCUUGAAGAUCCCAAUGUACCCGGCGGCGGCUUGGCUCUUCGCGCAAUCGCCAUGGACGGCAUUACCAUCGGGCAUCCACGAUGCAGUGCCACAAAGGAGCAACUGAUAUCUAUGAACCCGCUGAUAUCUAACCCACCGCCGUGCACAGUCAUGCUCGAGACCCCAAAAGAUCGAUAUUGCCCAGUCCACAGCCCGAUCCUUGGCAAACUAUGCCAUGCACAACCUUGGACGCGCGACGCAAUAGGCACCACCAAGGCAUGCGACAUACCAGAGCACCAAGUAGCAAUAGCGAUUCGACACGAGAAGACACACCGGUCUCGAGCUGCUCUGGCUUUCAACCAGCGAACUGGUGCAAAAUUGCCCGAGGACCCAACUGCCGCCCUCAACGCUGACACAGACGCCUUCAACUUAGAUGCGUUGAUUGAGACAGACGAGUCAGAUCGAACGCACAAAGCAGGUCGCGACGGAGAAGAUACGUUUCGACCUGCAGCAAUCCAGAAGAAGCCAUUAUGCUCAAAUGCCAAGACGCACAAUGACCUACUGUUUGUGGGUACUUGCGGUAUAACCCUUGCCAGAGAGACCAUGUAUUGUGCAGAGUCUGUCAUAUUGGUUCGGGAAAUACUGGAAAGAAAAUUCCCCGUUCUACCGCCAAUACAAUUCUUUGAUAAUUCAUGCACGUUUGAUAAAUCACUCAGGAAGGACCCCGAGGCGUCGGAACGGCUGAAGGGCACAAUCCGGCCGGUCGAUCCAUUCCACAUGCGCACUCACUCCGAGAAAGAUGCUCAGUGCCGUAAGUUCAAUGACCCGAAGCGGUGGCCCUUCCUCAAGAAACCUGAUGGCAAUUGGAGGUUUAAUGGGUCUGCAGCCGAGAUUACUAACGCAUGGUAUGGCGGUUUUCUCUCAAUUUGCCGUGGAAUGCACGAGAUCAACUACAGGUUCUUUCUGGAGGAGAUGAUCCGUGUGCGAAAUGAUUCGCUCCUCUCGAAGCUUGUAAAGAAAACUACAUUUUGCUGUAAUAUUCCCUCGCAUCUUGCCCAACAAAGUCCUUUCCCACUUUCACUUUGA